AUGAGCCUUUCAAAUCAACUCUCUCUUGAGGAGUUCCUCAAAAUCGUACCUAGCGUAUUCGAAGAGGCCAAUGCAGCCAAAAAAUCGGUGAACUUGUCAGUGAAAAGACUGGUUGAAAGAAAUGUAGUAGAGGGAAACGACGAGUUUAACGCUACAGAGCUACCACUUGCUGACGUUUCCAGAAAGUCUAAGUUCACAAGUAUUCCUUCAGAAGCACGUAAAAAACAGUACGAUGUUCUAGUGCGGAUCAAAAAAGGCAAUGGUGACACUCUAGUUAAGCACUCUACAGUGGUAAAGGCAGAAAACCUAGAUAAAUUCUGGCAAGACUACUCUGCUGCCAUCAAAAGUGGUAUGACUGGACUGGUAAAGAAAAAGAAGAAUAAAAAGGCGAAAAAGUCGUUGCGAAAGUAA